CGAAUAUCCGGCCAUAAAAAGCGGGGCAAGGUCACAAUCGUAACAGUUCACAGCGAGAUGCUUUGGCGGUGGGAUUAUCUUAUAUUGGCCAUGCUGCUCCUGGCAGAGAUCACCCAGCUGGGCGAAACGGCGGUUGCGAGGAAUCAAAGGAAGAAGAGGCGACUGAGAAAUGCCAGCGGAAACAAACUGGCGGCCAGGAGAAAACAAGCCGGAAACGGCCGAAAACUCGCCACAAAGAAGGUGAAUCAGAACAAAAAGACCGCAGCUCCGGCCAAGAUUCAAUCGCGGAUUGUGGGUGGCACCAGCACCUCGGUUUCCACCACUCCCUACAUUGUCCAAUUGCGACGGGGUUCGAAUCUGUGUGGCGGGUCGCUCCUCACCGAAAGGUGGGUCAUAACAGCCGCCCAUUGCGUCAAAGGACACAGUGCAUCCGAUUUCACGGUUCGCGCUGGCACCAACACUUUGGAUGGCAGUGAUGGCGUCACCAGCUCCGUCGAAUCCAUCUACGUGGGGCAAAAGUUUACUACGAAAACGAUGAAUAUGGAUGUGGCGCUGCUCAAGCUCAGCCAAUCCCUGACUGGCACAAAUAUAGGAACCAUAGCCAUGGCCACAACGCGACCCAAGGCGGGUGCAACGGUACGCAUCGCGGGAUGGGGAAUAACCAGGGAGGGCAGCACUUCGGCCUCCAAGACUCUGGAGGCAGCCCAGAUCAGAGUGGUCAAGCAGAAGAAGUGUCGGUCGAAUUAUCGCGGUAAGGCGACCAUCACUAAGUUUAUGAUCUGUGCCCGGGCUGCGGGUAAGGAUGCCUGCAGCGGAGAUUCCGGCGGUCCGGUGACCAGGAACAACACCCUGGUGGCCAUCGUGUCCUUCGGUUAUGGAUGUGCCAGAACCGGGUAUCCUGGCGUCUACACAGCCGUCGCCGCGAUCCGCCAGUGGGCCAACAAUAUUAUGGACAAUAACUAGGAAUCGCAAGUCUG